AUUUUUAAAUGCCACUGUUGUGUAUCAGGUGGUGUGAUGGUGAUAUAAGUGUGGAUGUCUGGUGACGCGCCGUCUGCUCUGGAGGUUGUCAGCUUUAUCGGCCAAACAUUUGGCGCAGGCGCGGCACUGACAGCUGCUGUCUACUUACUCCGCAAAGCGUGUUUAAUAAUGGCCUGGAAAUCUGGAGGAGCCAGCCACGCAGAGCUUGUCAACAAUCUCCGCAAAAAUGGCAUUAUUAAGUCCGACAAGGUCUAUGAAGUCAUGCUGGCCACAGACCGAGGCCAUUUCUCUAGGUGUAAUCCGUACAUGGACUCGCCACAGUCAAUAGGCUAUCAAGCAACCAUCAGCGCCCCACACAUGCACGCCUACGCCCUGGAGCUCCUGCACGACCAGCUGUACGAGGGGGCCAAAGCUCUGGACGUGGGCUCUGGCAGCGGGAUCCUGUCCGCAUGCUUCGCACGAAUGAUUGGACCUAAAGGGAAAGUUAUAGGCAUUGAUCACAUCCAGGAGCUGGUAGACGAUUCUAUAAACAAUGUGAAUAAAGAUGACCCCAGUUUGAUAACGUCGGGCAGAAUCACACUAAUAGUGGGAGACGGGCGGAUGGGCCUCCCUGAGGAAGCACCUUAUGAUGCCAUCCACGUUGGAGCAGCAGCACCUAACGUCCCCCAGGCCCUCCUGGACCAGCUGAAGCCCGGUGGGCGGCUGAUCCUGCCCGUGGGCCCGGCGGGGGGGAACCAGAUGCUGGAGCAGUAUGACAAGUUGGAGGACGGCAGCACCAAAAUGAAACCCUUGAUGGGGGUGAUUUAUGUGCCUCUAACAGACAAAGACAAGCAGUGGUCCAGGUGGAAGUGACUUCCUUCUCCCCCUCCUAUCGCUCUCUGCUUCUCACAGUGGCAAAGGGAUGAACUCUGAAGAGGAAGACGGUCCAUAAUCCACCUUUAAGUUUGAACCUGGAGAAACUGGGAUGGGGUGCAGCAGCCCAUGACAGUGAAAGCAUAGGAAAACAUGCUCUUUAUGUUUAACGAUGGACUAGAGUAUCACAUGGAGCCCAGGAGGGCUGGGAAAAAGGACUGCUUGAAGCUCGGCACUGAAAUAUUGCAGAGGGUUUUUUGUUUUCAGACCUGCAUCUUUUUUGGUUGUAUGUUCUUUUUGACUGCUGGAUUUGAGAUUGGGGUGUAUUUUUUUUUUGGUGUUUCAACUUUUGAAUUGCAAGCAGCCGUUUUUACAGUACAACAUUUCAGCAGUAUCAGAGCUGAAUGCAAGAGGGACACCGGACAUCUGCUUACAUAUGAACACAUGCACACACACACACACACACACAAAGGCUGACGUAACAACACUUCCUGUGUCAUGUGCAGCACUCAUUCUACACACAGAAUAAGCGACGCAUUGGAUUGACAUACUCCGCAGAGAGCACUAAUAACACCGUGCACAUCUCGCCUCUGUUGCUUUCUGCCGCUGGUUAUACAUUUAACUAUUUUGCGCAGGUUCUCCUGGUGGCUGACACUACAUGGGAUAGUCACUGCUUUGCCAAAAUGAAACUCCCAACUAUAUAAAGCAAAUGAAUGUCUGUGUUCUUGAAAUCAAAAAGCACAUUUUAUUUUGGGUGAUGGAUGAUUUUUGGCUUUCACAGUUUCUGGAAUGGCACAUGAAAAUAAAGAGAUGCUUAUGUUUU